AUGGAACUCAACCGAGAACAUUUUUGCGCCAUAAUUUAUUACAACUUUCAGAGACAAUUAUCGCAACAAGAAUGCCUUGCUGAGUUAUUGUCUGUUUUCGGCAAGGAAGCGCCACAUCAGUCGACAAUUUCCCGAUGGUAUGGAGAAUUCAAACGUGGACGGGUAAGUCUUAGCGAUGAUCCCAGGCUGGGUGCACCAGAAACGGCAGUCACCCAGGAAAACGACGAUGCUGUGCGCAAAGUCAUCAUUGAAGAUAGACAUGUGACAUAUCGCGAGAUUGAGGCGUCCUUGAAGAUCUCAAAGACCUCAAUUCAAAAAAUUAUACAUAUAGAAUUAGGACAGAAAGCAGCCAGGCUUGAUCUUUUCAAUUCCGGAAACUCAAAAAAUGUGUACAGCAUUGUUAGUGGUGAUGAAUCGUGGAUUUACUGUUAUGAGGCAGAAAAUAAACGACAUUCGGCUGUUUGGUCAACAAAAGUCAUCCAUUCUGGAAGUGUUUCGAAAAAGAUGGUCGCGACAUUUGUGUCAAAAGCGGGUCAUACUGCAACAAUACCUCUUAAUGAGCAAAGAACUGUUACUGCGGAUUGGUAUACCACCAUUUGUUUGCCAAAAGUCAUCACCGAGCUUCGAAAAAUCAACCCCGAAAGAAGAAUCAUCCUCCACCAAGACAAUGCAAGCUCGCACACAGCCCCAAAAACAAGGCAGUAUUUAACGGAAGAAAACGUGGAAUUAUUGGACCAUCCUCCAUAUAUUCCCGAUCUAAGUCCUAACGAUUUCUUUACUUUCCCGAAAAUUGGUGACGCAUUCAAAAAUGCCGUUUUGGAUCUGCCAGCAAACGAGUGGAAUAAGUGCUUCGAAAAUUGGUUCGAGCGCAUGCAGGUGUGUAUUAAUCUUCCUGGAGAAUACUUCGAAAAACAAUAA